GAGUUUUCCACAAAUAAAAUUUCAGCGCACGCUAUGGUUCCUCGCGUGCUAGUUUCAAUUCUGCUUCUUGUAAAUAUUUACAACGCUGUUUUUGGGUCCAAUUUGCAAGGUGAUUGCUCGAAAGAUGGUUCUUGUGAUGGAGAUGAGGAAAAACGAAGCAAAGCUAAGUACACAAUGAAAGGUAUUGCUGAGCCGAAAUCGAUCGUCAAAAACUUUUGUUUGUUUAUCAUUUUGUGACUCGCUUGAACAUGUGGUUUUAUGCUUUGGUCAGUGAAGUUUAAAAAAUAAUUCUUAUUUCAGAAUAUCGUAGAAAUUAAAAUUCCUGAUCGCUCGGCAAAUCGCAAAAGGAAAUCUAACAAACCGCGAGGGGUUUCCAUAGUCACAUAAUUUAUCGUGUACAUGUAGCAAAUUGCGUGACUCAGUUAAUUUCCCACGGUGACGUGUUAAAUUUUAACUGGCUUGACUGUAGUGGAAUCAAUUGAAUUAUUAAUGAUUUAAAUUUUUUUCCAGAAGGGAGGGUCUUUUGGAUAUGGUUUAAGAUGAUUUAUUUUAAAAAUACGCAGUGACUAAAUGCUCGGCAGAUGGGCACGGUCUCAAAUAGACUACAUGCCCGGCAGUCAAAGAUUUUCACGCAAUUUCCGCCGAAAGGUUCUUUCAAACUUCUCAAGAGUAUCAAAUGUCUGGUAAAGAAUGUCAAGCGAUUCCAUAAACUUAUUUGGUUUUUCAGUGGACAAAUUCUCCGAGUUUGUGCAUACUGUAAUAUCACUCGGUUGUCGAAAACUUGGAAAUUCUACGCUUCUGAUCAGACUGCCGAACACGGUCUCAAAUGGACUUAAUUGAUUAGUUUUUGGAAUCGCUUGACAUUUCUUAACAAACAUCUAAUACUCUCAAGAAGUUUGAAAGUGCCUUUAGAUUGAAGUUGCGUGAAAAUUUUUGACUGCCGGGCAUUUAGUCUAUUUGAGACCGUGCCCGGCUGCCGGGCAUUUAAUCACAGCCUUUAAAAUGUGGGUACUCAUAACGGUACAAAUUUGAAACUGUGUGCCUCUUUUAUUGGUAUACUUUGUGAUAAUUGAAACACAAAGACCAGGAAUGGUAAGAAAAGAGAAAAUUAAAAUUUGGGAAGUCCAACCAUUUGGACCAUUAGAUCAACAUCCUUUAAGUUCUCAAAAUUAAACCAUGGUCCAAUUUUAGUAUUUCCCUUGUACUUUUCUCUUUUGUAAUAAUUCAUGCUAUAAUGUUUUAUUCACAUGUGCGUCAAGCAAAAUGUUAAUAAAUAAAUAAAUUAACAAAAUGAUGAUACACACUAAAAUUAUUUUUAUUUAAAGAAUCAUGGAAAAGAUAUCUCCAGGAAAUACAUCAAGCUACCGCUAAAUACCAAGAUUGCUCAAACAAAAAAUGUGGUUGCUAUAGUGAUGUGAUUGACAAUGAUUUAAGAAUUUGGAAAGACAGAGGAGGAAUCACAAAGAAAGACUUUGAUAAUUCAGCUGAUCGUGGUGUACACUAUCAGAUUAUUGAUCAUAAACUCUACAGAGAAGAAAAGUGUAUGUUUACAUUCAGGUGAGCUAAAUUCUGUAACACUUUAACUCCUAAUAUCUUAAUCCUAACUCUGUCUAUCUUGCCUCUUGACAUUUGCUUCUAACUUGGUAGAGAGAAUUUGGCACUAGAUCAAUGGGAAAUAAUAGUCUCCUGCUGUGUCUGUUUACUAUUCUCAUUACCUGUCUGUGGGAUAAAGCAAGUUGCAAACAUCAAAGUUUCAAGUGGUCCUCAGCCCUGUUGAAAAUCUUUGAAGGAUCUUAGAGAAUCCAACAAGAUCUUCAUGAGGACCUUUGAGGAUCCUCUUGAGGAUCUUCAUGACAAUGUUUAAAAUUCUUGUUAAGAUCUUCAAGGAUCUUUCAUUUUCUUGCCAAGAUCUUUAUGGAUCUUUCAUUUUCCUGUCAAGACCCUUGAAGAUCUUGUUCAGAUCUUCAAAGAUCUUGACAAGAACUCUGAAGAUCCUUUAAAGAUCUUUGAAAAUUCUUUGAGGAUCUUCCAAAGUCUUGUUCAGAUCUCACCAAGAUCUUCAAGGAUCUUUCACUUUCCUACCAAGAUCCUGAACAAUCUUGUUGUCAAUCUUCAGAGAUCUUGUUGAAAAAUUUGAAGAUCCUUAAAGAUCUUGGCAAGAAGACUGAAGAUCUUGGAAAGAAAAUAAAAGGUCCUUGAGGAUCUUGGCAAGAAAAAGAAAGAUCCUUAAAGAUUUUGAAAAGCAAAUUAAAGAUCUUGGCAUGAAUUUGAAGAUACUUAAAGAUCUUGGCAUGAUCCUUGCAGAUCUUGGCAAUAAAAUUGAAGAUUGUUGAAGAUCUUGGCAAGAAUGUUAUAGAUCCUUCAAAAUUUUGGCAAGAAAAUAAGCAGAUACUUAAUGAGAAGUUUAUGGGGUGAAGCAUGAACUUAACAACCAUAGAUGUUAACUAUUGAAGAAUGGAUGUAGCUGACAGGUGACAAUAGGUUUUAAUGGCCAAAAGAAAAUACCUCAUAGUAAAUUAAAAAAAAAAAACUGAACCAAAUAUUAAAAAAAUGAAGAUAAUUUUUUUUUUAUUGUUAAGUGAGAAUUACUCAUCCUCUUUUAGUAGGACUACUUAUGCCAGAAGAAAAAAUUUCUGAUCAGAUAUGAGGGUUAGAUUUUCAUUUUCUGAAAAAUAUAGCUACAGAGAAGCUCAAAGAUAAGAGGACCAAAAUAUAUGCAUUAAACUCAUCUAGAACUAGUCUAUGACCAGACUUAGACUAGUCUUAAGGCGGAGUAAACAUAAAAAAACCACUUUUUUCAAACAAGAGUACCUCAGUUGCAAGGAUGGGAUGUGAGUUCAUUGAACUUGCAUCCCAUCCUAGAGGAGUAGUACUGUUGAACCUCAAUUUUACGCGCCAAUUAUCCGGAUUUCUCAAUUAUCCGGCCUUUUUUUCUUGUCCCAAUUUUGUCACGAAUAUUUAUUAGAAAAGUGAACUAAAGGCAAGUUUGUUUCACUUUCAAGGAGCAAAAGCAGUGCUCACGCAUGUUGUAACUAACAAAGAAUUAAAAUUCAAAUGAGGUCUGAUUGGCUUAGAGUUGCAUUGUUGCUAAGUGAGAUUUCACACUCCAUUGGCUCAUUUGGUGUGGUAUGCAAGAUAAACAAGCUCUACAGCAUCACACAUGUUUAUUCAUGAUCAAGGAAAAGAUCAUGAAGUUUGCUAACAACAUAGAGACCAGUGAAGGACUAAAGCAUAAUUGCUGAAAGUUGCACAUAAUGAACAGCUUCAUAAAGCCCUGAUUAAUUUAAUUAAUUGUUAAUACACACACGUAGAGGUAAUCACAAUGGACAGCGAAGGUGUGGGCCAUUUUUUCUCAAAAUGAUACGUAAAUGUUUUGUGUCAUGAUUAAAUGUUACUUUCUUAAUUUAAUCAGUUUUUGUUCCUAGUUAAUAUUGAUAUUCUUAAUUUUUCUGACCCUCAAUUAUCCGAACUGUUUUGUCAAGUCCCAGCAAGUCUGGAUGAUCAAGGUUUGACUAUAAUACUCCUGGUCACUUCAUCAUGCAACAGAAACCAGCAUAAGCUUUGGCUGAAUUGUCCUUUUGGCUCAAGUACAGACUUUUGUUAUUGUCUAAUCUUUGAUGUAAAUGCAUGGCAGAGGUGAGGGGGAAAGGAAGAAGGCUAGAAGGGGGGGGACCACAACAAAUAAAAAUUGUUGCAAUCACAGAUCUUUUAACAAAGUUUUUUUGUGGAAACCAAAAUUGAAAGUGGAGAAAAAGGAGCCCAAACCAUUGAAAUCAUCUUCAUUAAAGAACCAUUUAAUUGAUUAUAUUUCUGACUAUUUUAAGAUGUAAAGGAGUUGAGCAUUUUAUCCUGGAGCUUAUUGACAAUUUACCAGACAUGGAGAUGAGAAUUAAUGUCAGGGACUAUCCACAGGUAAGAUCUGAAUUAAAGUUACUCCUUCAAGCUGCCAUAUUUUUCUUUGAAAAUUAAUUUGGAGAAUAUUGUGUUUCAUCCAGUUGUCUUUUGUUUGUGGGAAAAUUUACUGAAUCAAUUUUGUGGGAAAAGUUUCAAGCUGGUCACUGCCAAAAAAAGGCUUGUUUAUUUCAGCUGUUUUUAAUAUUGAAAUUUUUUCAUGAAUGCAGCUCUGAUUCUUUCAACUUUGAACUAUUUUUUCAUAAAAUUAUCUCCUAAUUGUCACUUGAUUAGGUCCCAAAGUGGUCCAGUCCUCUGCCUGUUUUCUCAUUUAGUAAGGUAAGAUAGAGUCUUCAAGCCACUUUAACAAAUGAUGCUGAUUCCUUGUUUUCUCAUUUACUGAAGAGUUGGAAGGAAAAAGCUCUUUUUAACAGAUGUUUGCAAUAAGCUUCAUUAUUACUUAUUAAAAAUACAUCACCUGAAAAGAUCUGUGAUUGCAACAAUUUUUAUUUGUUGCAAAAAGUUAUAUAACUCUGGGUCAAGUUUACCAUGUGAUAAUUAAUUUUGGUGAAACAAUGUUUUUGGGUAACACCCUUUGAUGUGGGAAGAAGAAGAUUAUUACUCAUUUUAGACCAAGUGAAAGGUGGUUUUGGAUGGUUCAAGUUGAAUUCUUUUGGUCUACAAUUUAAUCAUUGGAUGCUCUAAUAAGAAUAGAGAAAAUUAUCGUCAAAAAGGCUCUUCAAUUGAGAAGGACAGAAACAUGGAUUAAAAUUUAACAGUGGGUUAGUGCUAAUCAGCCUUCAUAUAACUAGGCCUGUAGUAUAGGGUGGAGGGGAAGGGUUCAGGAGUCAUCAGCAUUAUUUUAGCACACAUUAUGGAAUGUGGUCUUUAUGUUAUUUUUUUUAAUCGUUAUUUUUUUCAGACAAGCAAUGAGAAUGACAUCAUGUACCCAGCAUGGACAUUUUGGGAAGGGGGGCCAGCUGUGUGGCCAAUUUACCCCACAGGACUGGGGAGAUGGGAUCUAAUGAGAGAUGAAAUUGACAAGUUAGUUUACAUUGUAGUUUAUUUUUAUUUUACUUCUGUCAGUACCUUUGUUUUUCAUUUUUCGAACAAUGGGACAAAAUUUCCUUCAGAGCUUUUCUUUCUUCUUAACAGAGGGUAACCGUAAAGAUAUUCCAAGCCCCUUUGUAUAGUCUAAACGUAUACUUUAUUCAGAAAACGAACAAACAAUGACUCGCAAAUGAACAAGCUGUGAUUACCAUGUGCUUACCGGUUCCUACACGUCAUAAGACCGCAGACUCAGCGUGCAAGGAAAGUCGUGCCUGAUAGCCCGGGGCUAGUGGAUUUUGCGAUGGGGCUAGUGGAUUUUGCGAUCGGGCCAAUGAAUUAUGUGCAUAAUUUUUCCGAAGGGCAAAUGAAGAUUUUUUGGAGAAUUAAAAUUACAGAACAACUGUAAGCAAUUCCUAAUAAAUUCAUGCGGAACGAAAGUCGCUUCGACGAAGUGAAAUCCCGUGCAUGAGGUAAGGCGAGAUCCCGUGCUUAAAGUGAAAGCAGAUAUCGAAAUAAACUUUGGAGGUAAAUGUUGCCGGUGACUGAUUCUUACUAAUUCAGAGAAAGCUAUUUGUCUAAAUUUUGCUUCAUAAUCAUUUGUGAAGAACGUAAACAAAAGGUUUUGAUCCUGAACUUCAGUGAGAAAUGUAUUAUGGUUUUAGCAAAUGUUGGUCACGUGCAUUUCAAUUUGGUAAAUUCUAAACACUGAUACCGUAGGUGCGUGUUAAUUAAAAUACAUCGAACACAUCGCAUUGUCUUCACUUUUCACGAAGAUCUUUCGGAUAUAAAGUUGCCAGAAAUGAAACGAACAUUUUUGUCCUUUUGAAACCUUAAACCUUUGGUUACUUGUAACGAGGUAUACCACAAAUUUGCAUAAUUUUUAUUUGCAUAAUUUGUUCACUGAUGGUGACUCGGCACGUACACUUUCCACUUGCCCGAAGGGCAAGCUGUAACACUGAACUUCUUUGCACCCUGUCGCAGACCUAAUGUGUUUAAAGUAGCAAAAGUCGGUCUUGAUCUCACUUUACUCAUGAAUUUAAAAAAAUUCACGUGUCACGUGCACUUCAAACACUUUUUCACUCUUCAUGAAAGUAGAAGGGAAAAUUUCGAAUCUCAUCUUACCUUGGCUUUCUGUAAAAUUCAACAUCACCUGCUAAAUUGGACUUAAUCAUGCAUAAUUUCCAAAUCUUUCGCCACCUUCUGAACUUCCUUGUGGCUCUUAGUUCUUUCACCUUAGGUUUAAUUUUUUUCAGUUGUGAAGUUCCUUGACACAGUUGCUGUACUUAAUGUGAUUGCCUACUUUCAGAAAAGCCACUGAGUGGCCUUGGGAGAAAAAACAGGCAAAGGCAUUUUUUAGAGGAUCAAGGUAAGUUCGUUGGUUGCGUUACCCUGUCCAACAAAUUUAAGAGAUAAUGAAAGGAAGAAAGAAUGAAAGGGAGAGAGUGGUUGAUAAAGGGUGGGAAGAUGGCUGGAGGGAGAGCAGAACUAGUGGAUCAAUGAAUGAAUGGAUGGAUGGAUGGGAAAUGGGAAAAGGAAAGAGGGAAAGUUUGUUAUGGAGGAAAUAUUGGCAACCAGUUGGAAGUAGGGGGGAUGUGGAGGAGGGACAGGUUAGCCAAAGAGUAGGCAGAGGGAUGAAGGGAGAUGAAGACAGAGUGCCAUGGGUGAAAAAAUUGAUAUCUAGAUGGAAGUAAGGGGGGAGCGAUGGAGGUGAUUGUACUUGAAAGUACAACAAUCAGAUGGUGCUCUGGAAUCAUUCUUUACCUACGAUAAUUUUAAAGAGUCUCAAAUACAUGUGCUUUUUAUUAUUAUCCAACUGCACGAAGUAGAGUGCAAAUGACGUGCGAACAGAGUACAUAUAUCCUGCGAUAUUGUACGGUUAUCUGGACAGUUGGUUAUUUUGUACUGUAGAAAAGAACCUGUUUAACCAGUCCGCUGCGCGCACUUCGCUUCUCUUUCCUCUUUGUUUUUCCUGCUUUAUGAGAAACGAACAGAAAGACUUGGAAGGAAAAGAGGCCCUGCGGGCUCGUCAAUGUACGGCACAACUCAUAAAAUACUCAGCGAUACUACACACCAAAACGUCUAAUAGGAUAUACAUAUUAUUUCUCUUUAUUCUAGGACUUCUGCCGAGAGGGAUCCUUUAGUACUUUUGUCUCGUGAGGACCCAAGUCUUGUGGAUGCACAGUACACCAAGAAUCAGGCCUGGAAGUCUGAUGCUGUAAGUUAAAAGCAUGAUAGAUAAGCAAUUUCUGACCCUGAGUUCAGAAAAUGUUCCUUAUAUGUGAAAUAUUCUUAGCCAAACUAUUUUUUUUUAGAAGCCUCUUUUCUUUUCUCAGGACACAUUACAUGCUCCACCCGCCAAAGAGAUCAAGCUCGAGGACCACUGUGAAUACAAGUAUUGACGUAUUACUCUUGAAGAUAAUCCUAUGUAGAAUAGCCACAAUACUACACACACUCUGAUUGGUCAGAAUUGAUCGUUUAUUGAACCGAAGAAGCCAUUCCUAUUUCAUGAAGCAGGCCGCACUUUCUAUCGGUUUACCAGUGUAGUUUCCCACUUGGAAUGUUGGUAGAACAAUCGAAAAGUGUGCGAAUCACAAGGCGAUGGCGAAUGAUUUAGAAAAUUUUUACGUAUUCUUCCAACGUUUCGCGUGAGUUAUAUAUAGAUAUGCAAGGAACUGCAGUUUCUAUCGGUUUACCUGUGUAACAACCCACUUAAAUUGAGAUGUUGGGAGAACGCUCGAAAAGUUUUUUUUAAUCACGAACCGAGGCGCGUUCUGUACAAACUUUACCUCUAACAUCCUAAGGUGGUUAUUUUGCUAAUAAACAGAUCGAAAGUGCGCCGGGUCUAUUGCUUUUAUAAAAUAAACAUAAACUUUCUUGGGGUGUACCAAUGCAAUAAACAAUAGAUUUUGACCAAUCACGCCGCUCGUAGUAUCUAAUUUACUUUACUAUAAUACACUGGUUAACUAUCAGAAAGUAUUGUUGAUAAUUCUUUCCCCCAGCUUUACAGACUCCACUCUGGAGAAUCUUUCUCCGAGAUAUUAGCCUCUGUAGUUCCCCCGUAGAAAGCCUCGGUACGAACUCUUUUAUGACACGAGUGGGGGCCAAUAGCUCCGUGUUCUUUUACCCUGAUGCUUAUUACAGAUUUCUUGUCCCGGAAUGUGGCUUUAAAUUUCAAAGACAAGCCUGAGCUUUGUAACUGACGCGUUGCAAAUCCAAUAGCUCUAUGAUAAGUUGCUUCCUUCUCCUGGUCGCCCAUUGUUUAGUACACAGAGCUAUUGAUCGAGAGGUCCUGGAGCGAGCUCAAACAGCUAAAACUAAUGUGCAAGCUAACCAUACUUUUCGUUCUCUUGUGUUGCAGAUACUUGUUCAACUUUCGUGGAGUAGCAGCCAGUUUUAGAUAUAAGCAUCUUUUUCUUUGUAAGUCUUUAGUUUUUCACGUAGGAGACGCAUGGCUUGAAUUCUUCUACCGAGCGCUGAAGCCCUGGGUACACUACAUACCAGUUCAAACAGAUCUUAACAAUGCCAGGUGAGUUUUGGUCUCAUCUUUUCUACCACUUUCCAGGACUUAGUUUAGUUUCUGACUUCUGCUCGUGCGCAUAGCUUUCCGGCGCGGUGCGCCCGAGUUUGCACUACUAAUUGUAAACCAUAACUUUAGAAGCCCUAUAUGCAUACCCCUCAACCAAAUUCAUCAAGAUUAAAAAUUUAUUUCGUCUGAAAUGUUGUCUCCGUUUUUUACGAAAUAAGGGGUUUUUGUCACAAUUGGGUUUUUUUUUAAUGAGGUACAGAUCACUCGUUACAGUAAGAAAAGGCUAUUCCUAUCUUAGAAAAUGGUUUUAUCAACCGAAUUGAUAUAUAAGUUGGCCGCGGUAAAGAGUGUCUGCCUUAUCCUAAGCGAGGAACUGUUGUCCACUGCAAGAGAAACGCAGGCCAUCUUUCAUUACGAAACAUUUCACACGAAGUAAUCGCAUAUCAUCAAUUUUCUAACUUUUCACUCGGAUACUAAUCACCGUCAAGGAGCUCAAAGAAAGCUUGAUAUUUUGUCAUCUUUUUGUUCUAAGGGAUCUCAUAGAAUUCGCCAAGGAAAAUGAUGAAGUUGCGAAAGGAAUGGCUGAAAGGUGAUUUUAUCGUAGUAGCAAUGUUUUUGGUUUUUACAUAUUACGUAAGGUAUGCAAGAAUUGUUAGUAUUCCGGUCUUUAUGCUCUCUUCCACUAAGUUUAUCCUUUUGAUCUGAAGCUUUGCUGAACAAGUGAGGACAUUUACCGUGAUAGAGCAAUUUUCAACUGAGUGUUGAAUGUAAUCCGGGAUUGCAUUGGUUUUGCUUUACUUGUUCUGUGAUUGGUCCAGAAAAACUCGAACCACUAUCUCAACCAAUCAGAUGCAAAACUAAAACCAAUCCCAACUUGGUCCCCCGCGUUUUCCCGCGCUUUAGAGUUGAUUCUCAUCGGUUUCUAAAGGUCUCUUUCUUCUUUCCGAUUGGCCAUUGAGAUUGCUGUGGUUUAGUUUUACGACACUCAAUCGAAAAGUGCUCUGAAUCACAUGAAAGUGUCUCGAUUUCACUGUUGUUUUGUUGUCAGUUUCCGAGUCUCAGGGGGUUCUUUUCUUUCUCAGGGGAUAUCAAUUUAUAAAAGAUCAUUUACGAAUGAAAGAUGUGAAGUGUUACUGGAAAAAGUUGUUGAAGAACUACGCCAAACUGAUGCAGUGGAAACCUGAAAGAAACUCUAGAUUUCAACGAAUAACACCAUAG